UCUGGCACCUUUCAGGCUGGAUAUAGCCCCUCUGGCACCUUUCGGGCUGGGUACGGACCCUCUGGCACCUUUCAGGCUGGAUGCGGACCCUCUGGCACCUUUCGGGAUGGGUACAGACCCUCUGGCACCCUUUGGGGUGGGUAUGGACCCUUUCAGGGUGGCUACAGGUCCCCCUGCCCUGGCCUGGGUUGGGUAUGGUCUCCUCCUGUGUGGGGAAGGGACAGUGGGGACAGCAGGGGACGUGUCAUCUCCUGGGUUGUGAGGUCCAUAAUGGGGGCAGGUGAUAGGGAAAAUUAUUUUCCACCACCUUUAAGAUUUUACUUAAUUCUUAAAUGAUGAGGGAGUCUCCUUAUAUCCCUACUAUCAGCACAAGUAUUACUGCUUUAAGCAGCCAGCUAGCGGACUAGCCCCUUGCUCUCUCGCUGUCUAGUUAUGUCCAGUCUCUCAUCUUUCUCAUUUCAUUCUCCAGUGAUCAAAUAUUCAUUAAAUGACCUGUCUGCCCAUGAGAGGUUAAUGGGCAGACAGGGACAGGCCAGAGUGAGCCCAGCGGUGGUGGUCACUGAGCUUGUGGGGCUGGAGCUCUGGAUGGAUGGGGAAAGGCUGAGGGUGGUGGGUUUGUCCAGCCUGGAAAGAAGACGGCCAAGGAGGGUUGAAUUGCUGUCUGCAACUGCCUAAUGGGGUUGUAGAGCAGCUGGAGCCAGACUUCUGGAGGUACCCAAUGAUGGGAUGAGAGGCAAAGGGCAGGAUUUGCAAGACAGGAAAUUCUGAUUAAAUAUAAGGGGAGGAAAAAACCCUUCACCCUGAGGAUGGUGAAAUAGUGGGACAGAGGCAUGGGAGAUCUCAAUCUUUGGAGAUAUUUAGACCUUGGUGGGACAUAGAACUGAGCAACCUGACCUGGGUUUGAAGUCAGAAGACUUGUCCUAGUCAAAUAUAUAUAUUUUUCCCCUCUGCUUAGGAAGCAGUUUACAUGCCCAUUUCGUGUUACUUUGGGAUCCCUGGAAAAGCAUCAACUGUUUCAUUACAGUAGAUACACUGUAUCUACCAUACAACAGAGCCUGGAUACUUUGUGUUGCUUUGUUUCCGGUGAUACCACUGAAGCCUGAGGGGGUGGGAAAGUGAAAACAUGGAAAGCAGCAUUUAAAAAACAAGCUUUUACAAGAAUAAAAGUCAUAUUAGUGAGGUCAAUGUUUUCAGCACAAGCUUAAGAAUCCCCUUCAGAAACACCCUAUGCUCUUUCAUUAUUUCUCCACUUCUGAUUUUUAAAGGCCUUUUCCUGGAAGGAAGUUUAGAAAGUGCCUCGCUGAUUUGCUUUUGGCGAACCAUGGACUGUGAAAGACUUGGGAAGGGUGAAAAGCGGAAUGAGAAAGUGAUGGCAAGGAACCUUUCUGAAGCUUCGCCCUUUUCCUUUUCUAGCACCAAUGGGCUGUUGCGUUUUACUCCAGAAUAGCCAAACAUCCUGAAACACCGAAAAAGAAAUGGCUACUGUGAAACUGGCUCAGGAGCCCGUGACCUUUGAGGAGGUGGCUGUGUAUUUCACCAAGGAGCAGUGGGCCCACCUGGACCUGGGGCAGAGAACUCUCUACGUGGAUGUCAUGCUGGAAAAUUAUGAGAACGUGACGUUGCUGGGGGAUGGAAAUAUCUUUCUUCCCCAAGAGGAUCUUUUCCUGAACUAGCCCCAUCCCAAAGAUUGGCUUUGGCCUGUGCAGGUCAAAUGUUUGGUGUUUGCCUUCUGUGGGAACUGGGUGGAAGAACCAUGUUCGCGCGGACGCCCUCAGAGCCCAGGUAGCCAAGAUGACCAUAUUCCCAUUCCCAGGCUGGGGGAAGGUUAGAAUUGCUCUAAUUUUACAAAUACUUUGCAAUUCUGAAGUCACUCAUACUAUUUUCUGCUUUCACCCUCUGGAACAGGUUUUCCCACUGCCAAACCAGAUUUGCUCGCCCA